GAGGAAAAGCCGCACGAGGACCUGCGGGACCAUGGCGAAGGCGACGACGGGAAUGAUGAGGUGCGCAAAUCCUUACAGCGCCCUGCAGGCUUUGGUCCCGAGAAAGAUCGCUAACGGCGACGCAGGAGGAAAUCUCAGCCAUGAAGCGCCGCGUCGCUGAAAUGGAGGCCGAGGCAGCUAAGCUGCGAGAGAUGCAGGCUUCGCUAGACCAGGCGCACCAGGAUCUCUCCGAGAACAAGGAGGAUAUCGACAGCCGAAGCAUCUUUGUCGGCAACGUCGACUACUCAGCUUCCCCAGAGGAGAUUCAAGCACACUUCCAGAGCUGCGGGUCAAUCAACCGCGUUACCAUCUUGCUCGACAAGUUCACAGGCCAGCCCAAAGGGUAUGCAUACGUCGAGUUUACCGAGCCCAGCCUAGUCGCACAGGCACUUGUUCUUAAUGAGAGCGUGUUCAAGGGCCGGAAUAUCAAGGUAGUGCCUAAGCGGACCAAUGUUCCCGGCAUGUCGCGUGGGCGCGGUCGCGGAGGGUUCCGCGGCGGAGGACGCGGCGGUUUCUUCGGCGGCCGAGGCGGAGGCGGAGGCUUCCCAACAAGAGGCUACCGUGGCGGCUAUCGCGGCCGAGGCCGGGGGUUUACGCCGUACUGAGUAUAGCUCCGGGGCGAGGAGGUUCCGUGUGGCGCAAGAUCUAUCAAGCGGAUCGCGUCCUGUCGAAGGUGUAUAAUAAAGAGCCAGGACGGUUUUUAAACAAAGGAGAAGGUUGCUAUUUUGCCUCUGCAAGGCGUCAGGGUAUGGGAAAAAGACGGAUAGGUCAACCAUUGUGCAUAUUUCUUUUUCCUCGGGCCGCUACGGAUGUAUUAU